AUGGGGAUUCUGAUGUUUGGAGUACUGUUUUUGGUUCUGGAGGGAGUCCAGGGACAGAAUACACAGAGCGGCAACACCACUGGCCCCUGCAAACGUCACUGCUACUGCAGCAAAAAUGACGGCGGUGCAUCCAGAAAAUGCUACAACGGCUGUACCAGAGAACGCCAAAGCAACAACACAACAAGGCAAUGCUGCAACACCGACACCUGCGGCACCUGUAACAAAUGCUACAACGCCAGCACCUGCGGCAGAUGUAACAAAUGCCGCAACGCCAACGCAUAUGGCACCUGUAACAAAUGCUACAACGCCAGCACCUGCGGCACCCGUAACAAAUGCUACAAUGCCAGCACCUGCGGCACCUGUAACAAAUGCUACAACGCCGACGCGUAUGACACCUGGAACAAAUGCUACAACACCGACACACAUGACACCUGGAACAAAUGCUUCAACACCAACACAUAUGGCACCUGUAACAAAUGCUACAACGCCGACACAUAUGGCACCUGUAACAAAUGCCACAACACCUAUGGCACCUGUAACAAAUGCCACAACACAUAUGGCACCUGUAACAAAUGCCACAACACAUAUGGCACCUGUAACAAAUGCUACAACGCCGACACAUAUGGCAUCUGUAACAAAUGCUACAACGCCAACACAUAUGGCAUCUGUAACAAAUGCUACAACGCCAACACAAAUGGCACCUGUAACAAAUGCUACAACGCCGACACGUAUGCCAGCACCUGA